AUGCUGCGCCGCGCUCUGUGGACGCGCGGGUCUCGCUUGCUCCAGAUCCAGACGCCGUCGGCUACCCGCAGCUUCCAUCGCUCGCCGGCCGCCAUGGCGCGUGUCUUGUGCAGCGACCCCAUCGACCCCGUGUGCCCCGAAUUGCUGCGCGCCGCCGGCCACGACGUCACGGCCGUCUCCACUGCCCUCUCACACGCCGAACUGGUGGCACAGGUUCCUGACUACGACGUGCUUAUCGUGCGCUCUGGAUCUAAGGUGGACCGUGCUGUUCUGGACGCCGCGCAGAAACUGCAGCUCAUUGGCCGCGCCGGCACGGGCGUGGAUAACAUCGACAUGGUGAACGCCACCAAGCAGGGCGUGCUGGUCAUGAACACGCCGUUCGGCAACACUAUCUCGGCCGCUGAGCUCACGGUGGGGCUCAUCUCAGCCGUCUCCCGCAUCGGCGACGCCGCGUCCGAGGCGGCCGUGCGCAGCUCGGAGAUCCACGGCAAGACGCUGGGUAUUGUGGGCCUCGGACGUAUCGGCCGCGAGGUGGCCACGCGCUGCAACGCCUUCGGAAUGAACGUCGUCGGCUACGACCCCAUUCUGUCCAAUGCUAGUGCCAAGGCACACGGCAUUGAGCCUGUAUCUCUAGACGAACUGUUCUCUCGCAGUGACUACAUCUCUCUCCACGUGCCGCUCAACGCCAAUACUAAGCACCUCGUGAACACGCAGCGUCUAGCGCUCUGCAAAGACGGCGUCAAGCUCAUCAACGGCGCGCGCGCCGGUCUGAUCGACCAUCAGGCUCUACUUGAAGCCAUUGAGAACGGCAAAGUCGCGGGUAUGGCCUUCGAUAUCCUUGCACCGUCACCUGCUUCGGACGCCUGGAAGAAGCUCGUGAGUCACGAGAACGUGAUCGUGACGCCCCACAUUGGAGCACUCACUACCGACGCCCAGCAGAAGGUGGCGCGCGACCUGGCCUACAAGGUGAACGACGCGUUGGCCGGCAAGUCUUUCAAGGGCGUACUUAACGCGCCCAAUAUCGACUUUGGCAAGCGCGAGGAGUUCAUGCCACUGUUGUCACUGGCUGAGAAGCUGGGUAGUAUGCAGGCCCAGCUACUGGACGACAGCCGUCUCAAGCGCGUGCUUGUUAUUGCUGAAGGUCCCAAGGUCACGUCGUCGGAGCUGUCGGGACAGCUUGUAAAGGGUGUACUUAAGGGUCUGCUCUCGCAUAUGCUCGAAGAGGAGGUGACGUUCACGAACGCCAAGCAACUCGCGGACGUCAUGGGUAUCCAGACUGUAGAGCACAAGCACGACGAGGCUUCGGGCAGCAGCUUCUCGGACCAGCUUACAGUCAUUUUUGAGAAGGAGAACGGCACGUCCAAGAAGAUCACAGGCACCGUGUUUGGCAAGAGCCAGCUCCGCUUUGUUUCGUUCGAUGACCUGCCCAUGGACGCCAUCCCGAGUGGCUCCAUGCUGCUGUUCAACAACACAGACCAACCUGGUGUGUUGCACAAGGUGACGUCGGUGCUGGCGAAGCACCAGAUCAAUAUCGGCAACUUCGGGUUGGCGCGUGAGAAAGCUACUGCUGCUGCUGUCAGCGUACUGAACGUGGAUGAAGCGAUCCCGGACGUUGUGAUGGACGAGCUGGAGGCGCUGGGUAUGCUAACGAACCUACGUCGUGUCAACCUGCUUGAGCUGAACACAGCUGUAUCUGGUGGAAUCUGGGAGACGUUCCUGAAGCCUAGCGUUACCGAUGAGGAGGGUGCCGACGCUGCUGAAGAAGCAGGAGUGGCAGUUGUGCGUCACCCGAAGCCGCGCGUGAAGCCGGCGUCGCCGAACUUUGGCUCAGGACCUUGCAAGAAGCGUCCGGGGUACUCGUUGGCUUCGAUUCCCGACAUCGUACUGGGUCGUAGUCACCGCUCGAAGUUGGGUAAAGGCUUGUUGGAGGAGGCUAUUGUUCGUACCAAGAAGAUCCUGAAGCUCCCGGAAGAUUAUCAUCUGGGUAUCGUGCCGGCUUCAGACACUGGUGCGUUCGAGAUGGCCAUGUGGUCUAUGCUUGGCGAACGGCCCGUGGAUGUGUGCUACUGGGAAUCGUUCGGCAAGCAGUGGUUCAAGGACGUUACCACGGAGCUGAAGCUUGACAACGUCAGGGAGUUCGGCGCGCCGUUCGGCCAGCUCCCGGACUUGUCCCAGGUGAACUGCGACCACGACGUGCUGUUCACGUGGAACGGCACAACCAGUGGAGUGCGCGUCCCCAACGCCGACUGGAUCCCGGACGACCGCAAGGGUUUGAUCUUCAACGACGCGACUUCGGCCGCGUUUGCCAUGGAGAUGCCGUGGAACAAGAUCGAUGUGUGCACGUUCAGCUGGCAGAAGGUGCUUGGUGGUGAAGGUGGCCACGGUAUCAUCAUUUUGAGCCCGCGCGCUGUGGAACGUCUCGAGUCGUUCGUGCCGGAGAACCGUCCGAUCCCCAAGAUCUUCCGUAUGACUAACGCCAGCACGGGCAAGCUGUUGAAGGGCAUCUUUGAAGGCAGUACUAUCAACACGCCCUCAAUGCUGUGUGUAGAGGACUACCUGGACGCUCUGCGAUGGACGGAGAGUGUGGGCGGCCAGGACGGCCUGAUCGCCAUCUCGCAGCGCAACUUGAAGGUGGUGGAGGACUUUGCAGCCGAGAACUCGCGGUGGUUCAAGUUCCUAGCGGAGGACAAGGCAAUCCGCUCCAACACGUCCGUGUGUCUGCUGAUCGACGGUCUGUCCAAGGACGAGGUGAAGCAGAUGCAGUCGCUGCUGGAGCGCGAGCAGGUGGCGUACGACAUUGGCUCGUACCGUGACGCACCGCCCGGUCUGCGUAUCUGGUGCGGCGCCACGGUGGAGACCAAGGACUUGGAGGCUCUGCUGCCUUGGAUCAAGUGGGCAUAUCUCGAGGUGAAGGGUGCUAGAGACUCCAAGAGCGAAUAG